AUGCAAGCACUCCAUCGCCUCACUUCAUUGCCUCGUCUCGUACCUCGUGUCGUCCCAAGUCUGAUUCCUCGAGCUGCAUUCUCGGUCUCAAGUGUAGUCAACCACAAGCCAAAUGCACGCAAGCAAUUGCAGGGCACAGGAGCGGUGCCUCAAAGAACAAGUACAUUUCACCAUUUCUGGUUGCGUGAUCAUUGUCAUUGCGAUCAGUGCUAUCACCCAAUCACUCGCCAGCGUCUGGUCGACACAUUUACCAUUCCGAGGGACAUUCAACCUGUGGCUACCGACAGUACCGAGGAAGGUCUACGCUUGACAUGGCCCGAUGGUCAUCAGAGUUUAUAUCUCUGGGACUGGCUACACACACACUCUUACAGUCCCGUGCUUCGAUCCUCUGAGCCACUCCAGGGAAAAUUACCCAAGUUGUGGGAUGUAUCGAUCGCCAAGAACCUGCCAACCGUAGAGUUUGAACAAGUGAUGGAGACCAAGGAAGGCCUAAAAGAAUGGUUGUAUCAGCUUGAAACCUUUGGUAUUUCGUUUGUUGAAAAUGUACCGAUCACCAUCGAGGCAACCGAACAACUGGGACGUCGCAUUUCUUUCCUGCGAGAGUCACACUAUUCUAAAGGAAUGUGGUGUGUUGCAGCUGAUUUGUCCCACGCCGACACGGCGUAUACAACACUUCCUCUUGAUGCACACACAGACAACACAUAUUUUACCGAACCAUCGGGUUUACAAAUGUUCCAUAAACUCGAGGUUGAUGGCACAGGAGGCGAUUCCUUGUUUGUGGAUGGUUUCAAUGUAGCCGAAGAACUCAAGAAAUUAUCACCCACAGCUUACCGUACUCUAAGCAAUACCCGCAUUCCAAGCCAUUCAGCAGGUGACGAGGAUAUUCUCAUUGUCCCUACUCCACGCGGAUACCCUAUUCUCAACCAUGGACCUGACGGACAACUCUUCCAGGUCAGAUACAACAACAACGAUCGGUCUACAGUAGACCACCUUAGCUCUAGCCAGCUAGAGGAGUUUUAUGACGCCCUUUUCUUGUGGAGCAAGAUUCUCAAGGACAAAAAGAAUGAGCUCUGGAACACUUUGGAUCCAGGAAGAGCUGUCAUUUUUGAUAACUGGCGUGUUCUUCAUGGCCGUGCUGCAUUCACAGGACAAAGAAAGCUUUGUGGCGCAUACUUCCCCUGGGAUGAUUACAAGAGCAGAGCCAGAACAGUUCGUAUGACACCCCAGGAUAAGGAUCGUCUUCUUUAAGGAAAAACAAAAAUAGGAAGAGUAAUAUAUUAUGGAUGAGCGAUGCAGCUAUUUUGUGAUACACGGUAUUAUAGAGAUAAUAUAGGAGAAGGGCUAGACCUUAACUGUUUAUUUCUAUUUAUUUAUUCAUUUAUCUAUAUAUUUAUUUAUUUUUAUAAGUUUAUUGAGGAUUUUCUGCAAGUUACUGCCCUUGGCGUAAUGUCAUAUAAAAAAAUAUGUAUAUGU